CUUCUCUCUCUCCUAUAAUCUUCUCAUAAUAAUGAGCAUUAGAGCAAAAACCCUUAGCCUCAUUAGUCUUAGUUUUUUUCUUUUCAUUUUCAGUGGUGAAGCCAAGUCAUGUGGCAAUGGUUGUGACAUGGCUAUAGCGUCGUACCAUAGUUGGCCACGAUCUAAUUUAACUCAUGUCAGUCAAAUAUUCAACCUGACAAUUCCAGACAUUCUUAAAUACAAUCCUGAAAUUACAAACCAAGAUAGUAUCACUAGUGACACGAGGAUUAAUGUCCCAUUUUCUUGUGAUUGCAUAAAUGGUGAUUUUUUAGGACAUACUUUUGUAUACAAAACUGUGUUUGGUGAUACGUACAAAAGAAUUGCUACUAUGGCUUUUGCAAAUCUUACGACGGAACAUUGGCUCAAACGGGUAAACAAUUAUGACCCGACUAAUAUACCGGAUUAUGCCAUGAUCAAUGUGACCGUGAAUUGCUCGUGUGGCAAUGGAGAAGUGUCUGAUGAUUAUGGGUUGUUCGCCACGUACCCUCUUCGUCGGGGAGACAACUUAACGACGGUGGCUGUGGCGUCCGGUGUGCCAGCUGAGUUGCUGGAGAAGUUCAAUCCGGAUUUGGAUUUUGGUUCCGGGUUAGGAAUAGCGUUUGUGCCGGCAAGAGAUUCACAUGGAAAUUUUCCACCCUUGAAGACGAGGUCAAGAGGACUUUCACGUGGAGCCAUUGCUGGCAUAACAGUGGCAGCAAUUUUUGGGGCUACCUUCUUUGCAGUUUGCCUUUAUUUUUUAUUUUAUAGGAGCAAGCAAAUAGAGGAGGAAUCAUUUCUCCAAGGAUCAUCUGAUGAACACUUCAAUGAGCACUUCCGUCCUCCAAAUUUGGAGAAAUUUACAGUAUCAGGUCCUUUGUUUGGUGUUAUUUCUCCAAGGCCGACAGGGAUCACAGUGGAUAAAUCAGUGGAAUUUUCAUAUGAGGAACUCGCUAAGGCUACAAAUAACUUCAGCAUGGAAAAUAAGAUUGGUCAAGGUGGCUUUGGAUUAGUCUUUUAUGGAAUGUUAAAAGGCGAGAGAGCAGCAAUUAAGAAAAUGGAUAUGCAAGCAUCCAAAGAAUUCUUUGCUGAGUUGAAAGUCUUAACACAUAUUCAUCACUUGAACUUGGUACGCUUGAUUGGAUAUUGUGUUGAAGGGUCUUUAUUCUUAGUUUACGAAUACAUUGAAAAUGGAAACCUUGGUGAACACUUGCGUGGAUCAGGCCGGAAUCCGUUAUCGUGGUCUACUAGGGUGCAAAUUGCUCUUGAUGCAGCUAGAGGACUUGAAUACAUCCAUGAGCAUACUGUUCCUCUAUACAUCCACCGUGAUAUUAAAUCUGCUAAUAUUUUGAUUGACAAAGACUUCCGUGCAAAGGUAGCAGACUUUGGACUUACAAAGCUAACUGAAGUUGGAAGUACCUCUUUUCAUACACGCCUUGUGGGUACUUUUGGUUACAUGCCUCCAGAGUAUGCUCAGUAUGGUGAUGUUUCCCCUAAAGUUGAUGUCUAUGCUUUUGGAGUAGUACUAUAUGAGCUAAUAUCUGCUAAAGAAGCUAUUGUCAAGACGAAUGAAGUUAUAACCGAAUCGAAAGGACUUGUUGCUUUGUUUGAGGAAGUUCUCAACCAGACUGGUGCCCGAGAACGGUUAUGCAAAUUGGUUGAUUCCAAACUCGGAGAUGACUAUCCAUUAGAUUCAGUCUGCAAGGUGGCACAGCUUGCCAAGGCUUGCACACAUGAAAAUCCUCAGUUGAGACCUAGCAUGAGGUCCAUUGUUGUAGCUUUAAUGACUCUAUCAUCCUCUACUGAAGAUUGGGAUAUUGACUCCUUUUAUGAAAAUCAAGGCCUUGUCCAUCUCAUGUCAGGAAGGUAGCAAUAGCCGCUUGUGUUCAUUCAAGCAUUCUCAAGGCCUAAGGAACCUCAUGUGCUUGAAAGUAUUAAUUAGUAUCUGUUUAUAUAAAUACUCACGAGUAUUUUACCUUCUUUUUUUAA